GAGAUAGAGGAACAAGAGAAAAAAAGUUUGGUGAAGUCAGAGAGGUACGGAGCAGGCAGUGGGGGCUGUACAGAGAGAGCGAGUGGUGAGCAAAGCAUGAAUGACAAUAAGAGAGAGAGUGAGAGAGAGAUAGAGAGAGAGAGAGUAAGAGAGAGAGAGAGAGAGAGAGAGAGUGAGGAGGUUUCCUCCGUGGAAUUUAGUGUUACUCCUACUUUUGCAACUUUGCCUGCAUAUAUAUAUCACAGAGUGGGUGAAGCUGGACCACUACAGUCCAUAGUCCAAUAAAUAAAGUGAGUGUGUGUGUGUUAAGCAGUGUUUUAAAAGAUGACCAAAAGGUCCACAUCUACUCACAAAGAUGGAAAUCGACACAAAUUUUCCCAGAAUGGGACUCAAUCAGAUCCCACUGGGAAACUGCAAGAUGAGGACGACAGGAAGGUGGGACUGGGGAAGAAGGUGACCCUGCUCCGAGGGAUCUCCAUCAUCAUUGGGACCAUCAUUGGGGCCGGGAUCUUCAUCUCUCCAAAGGGCAUCCUGAAACACUCAGGCAGUAUAGGAAUGUCCCUGAUAGUGUGGAUUGCCUGCGGCGUCCUGUCACUCUUUGGAGCCCUGUCCUACGCUGAGCUGGGGACGUGUAUUAAGAAGUCUGGUGGACACUACACAUACAUAAUGGAAGCCUUUGGACCUCAGAUGGCUUUCAUAAGGCUGUGGGCAGAUCUUAUUGCUAUAAGGCCUGCAGGGAUGGCCGUCAUCUCUCUGGCCUUUGGUCAGUACAUCCUGGAGCCUCUGUUCAUGCCCUGUCACAUCCCCCCCAUGGCUGUCAAACUGGCCACCGCCAUUGGCAUCACGUCUGUCAUGUACCUGAACAGUAUGAGUGUGACAUGGACGGCCAGGAUUCAAAUCUUCCUCACCUUCAGUAAGCUGUUGGCCAUUGCUUUCAUCAUAGUGCCUGGGCUGUACCAGCUCUUUAAAGGGGAGACCAGAAACUUUGAGAAUGCCUUUGAACUGAACAAUGUGAAGCUGUCUGGUAUGCCACUGGCAUUCUACUCUGGGAUGUAUGCAUACGCUGGGUGGUUCUACCUGAACUUUGUGACAGAGGAGGUAGAAAACCCUGAGAGGACUGUGCCAUUAGCUAUCUGUAUCUCCAUGGGGAUUGUGACUUCCUGUUAUGUGCUGACCAAUGUGGCGUAUUACACGGUGAUGUCACCAGAGGAGCUCUUGGCCUCAGAUGCUGUUGCUGUGACGUUUGCAGAGAAGUUGAUGGGGAACUUCUCAGUAGCUGUUCCAGUGUUUGUGGCCUUGUCCUGCUAUGGCUCCAUGAAUGGCUGCCUCUUUGCCCUGUCAAGAAUGUUCUAUGUGGCAUCACGUGAAGGACAGCUCCCUGAGGUUCUGUCAAUGAUCCAUGUCCGCAGGAACACUCCACUGGCUGCUGUUCUCAUACUGUACCCUAUGACCAUGCUCCAGCUGUUUGUGGGAGACAUCUACAGCCUGCUGAACUUCAUGAGCUUCUUGCGGUGGCUGUUCAUUGGUUUGGUGGUGCUGGGUUUAAUCUACCUCCGCUACACAAAGCCUGACCUGCCCCGCCCCUUUAAGGUCCCGCUCUUCAUCCCAGUCAUAUUCUGCCUCACGUGUUUCUUCAUGGUCUUCCUGUCUCUGUACUCGGACCCAGUGAACACAGGGAUUGGAUUUGUUAUUUCCCUCACUGGCAUCCCUGCAUACUACAUCUUCAUCUACUUUGAUCACAAACCAAAGUGGCUCCAGAGGGCUUUAGACUCCUUCAACAGAACCCUACAGAUCAUCCUGGAGGUCGUCCCCACUGAGCAAUAACAGAAACACAACAUGGACUCUCUGCUCCCUCGAAUCAUAAAUAUGUAUAAAUAUAUACUGAGCCUAGAACGAGUAAAACUGACUCAUUUGGUACACGGAUUCAAAGUUAAUUAUGUCACUGCUGAAUGCAAUUCUAUAUAAUGCAUUUUAUUACAUAAUCAAGAGUCUCCAGGAUCAUAUUAUUAACACACAGACAUGCACAUACCAACCUCGCUGCUGCAGCUGUCAAUCAUUUUCUACUGUUAAUGAUGUCAUUGCACAUGUCAUUGUUUUUGUGAACAUUGUGAUUAUUUAUGUUUGAACCAUCUGACAAUUUUUCUCUCAGUAACCAAUAGCCUACUAACUGUGUCCAUACACAACACGUCAUUGCACAUGAUACCAACACUGUCUGGACUAAUGUGGUUUUAUUAUAUAUAAUAUCAUACUGCAUUUUUAUAAUCUACUGUACAGCAAGAACCACUGAGCGAGCUAGAGCAGUCUGACAAACGUCAACCAGUAUUUGAUAUUUAGGUUAAUUAUCUUGCACACCUCUAGGAUCAGCUGAUCAUGUUAUAGUAGUCAUGGUGACUGUGUAGAAUGCAGUAUUUGUGUUUUGUUAUGCGUUUAUAACAACAAGAUGUCAUAACAGAAGUGUUAUGACAUCAGAGUGGCCAAUCAGAACACAUUCAUUCAUUUCAUCAGUUUCUAGAGCAACAGUGUAAAAAUACGCUGGUUUAGUUUUUGUAUGUGAAGA